AUGGGAGACGCCACGUCAACUCCUGCCGCGCCGUUAGCCGCCCAAGAUGAACGCGCCUCCCUCACCUCGCGCGUCAUUCCCACAAUGACCUUAUCAACUGCGAGCAGUCCACUCACUGCCCCCUUACCACCAGUCGAAUCAAAAUCUGCAACAGAGAGGGCAGCCGCUCGAUUUCAGAUUCAAGGAGCCGCGGUGUUCACCGGUGGGGCCGGUACACUGGCACUGGCAUCUGCCCACGCGCUUCUUGAACAUGGUCUUUCAUCGUUGACCCUCAUGGACUUGCAGUCUACCAUCGACAACUCGGCGUCGACCAUAUCCAACCUCAAAGUCGCAUUCCCACAGGCUAGUAUUCACGUCGUCCAUGUCGAUGUCACUUCCGAACCGGAGGUUGAGAGAGCAUUUAACCAUGCCAUGGCACUCAUGGGUUCGAUCGACAUCCUCUGCUGUUUUGCCGGCGUGGUCGGUUGCGUCCACUCGAUAUCGGCCUCUGCAAGCCAGUUCCGCAAAGUCGUCGACAUCAACCUCACAGGGUCAUUUCUAUGUGCUCAAGCGGCAGCUAAGCACAUGAUUGAUUCCAAGACUGGUGGGUCCAUCCUGUUCACGGCUUCUAUCUCGGCCCAUUCCACGAACUACCCACAACCUCAAGCUGCCUACAACGUCAGCAAGGCCGGUGUGGCCCACUUGACUCACAACCUCGCAGCGGAAUGGGCGGUAUAUGGCAUCAGAGUCAACUGUCUAUCGCCAGGAUACAUGGACACAGUGCUCAAUGCGGGAGAUGCUCUGAAGCCUGUCAGGGACGUCUGGGCAAGCCGUUGCCCAAUGGGGCGGAUGGGUGAUCCGGAGGAAAUCACAGGUUCUGUCGUGCUUCUCAGCAGCCAACGUGCCGGCCGGUAUAUCACUGGAGCAGAACUUAGAGUUGACGGGGGUGCAUUAUGCUUUUAG